AUGGCUACCGCCGGCAGCAACGCGACGGCGAGCGCCGGCAACGAGGCGAGCGGCGGUGGCGGCGGCAGCGGCAACGUGCCGCAGUGGAAGCGCGACUUGAUACAACGUCGCCGUCAGCAGAGCAAGGUCCUCGCGAACAACGGCGCGAGUGUCAAGUUGUGCAGCGCGGUGAUCGGCACGUCGUCGUCGUCGGUAACGCCCGACGGCAGCGGCGGCGUCGUCGCCAUCGAGCAGAGUGCAGCGACGACGGAGCAUCAUGCGGUUCGUGCGGCGCGCUUAACGCCGACGUCGGUCACCAGCGAGGACAGCACGGGGUGCAGCGGGGCGACCGCUGGUGGUAACAGUGGUGCGUUGCUCUCCUCUCCCUCCUCCUAUCCCGCGAGAAGGCCGCCGUCCGGUGGCGCCACCACCGCCGGCGGAGCACCAACAACAGCGGUGGCGGCAACGGCCGCGGCGGCGGCGGACUUUGCGUCACCGCUACCAGUCGCGUACAACAUGCGUCUCGAGGCGGAUUUGUCGCUCUGCUCGGACGCGGAGGAUGGCGGCGGCGGCGGCGUCGUGAACGGCAGCACGCCGGCUAAAUUCGCGGACGUCACGUCGUCGGAACGGAAAUUGCCGGAUUACGUACACGGCGAGGAGAGCGAGGACGCGGCCGCGAGGACAACGGCGGACGGCAAACCGGUGCUGAGAGCGGCCGCGAGAACGAGCGAGAGCAACGAGAGCAACGAGCUGUCGCGACAACGCGACGAGAUUCGCGCCGUCUUGACCGGAAGACGCGGCAUGGAGAUGUUCCACGGUGGUAACUUCCGAGUGCUGAGAAGCUCGCGCGUCGCACCACCGAGUCGCACCUCCAGCGAGGAAGCGGAGAGCGACAGCUCCGAGGAGCUGCAGUACGGGCCGGGGAUCGUCAACAAGCUCAAGUGCAAGUACCUUAACCUCACUCUACGCGAGACGAACAAGAGCCGCGGGUCGGUGCAGCGGUUCCGGCGCGCGGCCAGCCUCGAGGAUCUGUUGGACCGAGACGACGAAGAGUCCAGUCACGAGAAGACCACCGUCGGCAGGAACGUCGAGACCUUGAUGAGGUACAACAGCGUGACGGUUGACGAGACGGCGGCGACUGUUGCCGCCCGUCCGGUUCUGGUCGCUCGACCGGUGACGAACGGCGUGCGCCAGGAACCGGUCAACGACCACAUCAUUCUCGUGGACCGUACGUCCGUGAAGAUCGAGAGCCGGCUCGGUGAGCUCGAUCGACCGAAACCCAUCAACAAGCCGAAGAGGAUCAAACCGGUGCUGGCGGAAACGGAACGGCCGCCGCCGGAUCUAGUCAAGACCACGAUGAGGAUCUUCGAGAGCUCCGCGAGGAAGCUGAAGCCCAAGGGUGAGGUCGCCGCGAAGGUCGCUACCUUCAAGACCAUCAAUGACACGUUCAAGGCACAAACGCAGACGCAGAAGAAGCUGGCGCAGAAGCCACCGUUGCAGCCGAAACCUUUCGUCAACGGCGGUGCUCGUGCCGCGGGCGUCGUCGUCGUCGUCGGUUCCCCGACGAAGAAGAUCGUGCUGCCGCACAAACCGACCGCGGAACUCAUCGAGACGCAGGACGGCAAGGAGGAAUACCAUAUAGACGGCGUCGUCACGGAACCGAUCGCGCAAUCGGUGUCCUCGGUAGUGAGCAAGUUCCAGCAGAUCGAGAAGUCACACUCGCCCUCCCCGUCGCCGGAGCCCUCGGGCUACAAGCUCAAGUUCUCGCCGGCGAACAGCCCGGAACCGCCGCCGCCGUCGCAGACCUCCAGCAGAUCCAAGCUCGCUACUCUCGAGAUCACCGUCAAGUCACCGCCUGUCACGCCAGUGCUCUCGCCGAGGAUCCUGUCGCCCCGACUUCCAAGCUCGCCGUCGCCGGUCAAAGAUAUCAGACAGGCCACCCAGCUGAGUCCCUCCUCUCCCGUCAAGGACUCGAUCCGCAUUCAGAUCCCGAGUCCGCUUCACAAACCGCCGCUACCGCCGAGUCCCGUCAAAGGGGAAUCCGCGAAGACGGAGGCGGAAUCCAAAGUCGUUCGUCCGCAAAUCGAGACUCCCAGAACGAACGUCGAAAGUCCCAGCAGACAAGCACGUCUGCUUGCGGAAUCGUCAUCCGGCAAUGUGGCGGAAUGGAAGGAAGAAGACGCGAAGUCGAGCCGCGUCGCGUUCAACGACGGCGAGAAGAACGUCGACGAGGAGAUCGUCGACGGGCCGAGAACCAUCUCCAAGAUCGCCCUGGACAAUAUCGGCAAAGCCGGCACGACGAUGCAGUUCGACUUCGGCGACAAGUCCACGAACGACAAGAGUCACUUACCGGGCGCGAAGCAGAACGGUCAAAAGUCGACGGACGACGAGCCAUUGCCAGAGGAGGAUCAGUGCAUCAAGACGGAAUGUAAGGGCAAGGUGAUAGGUGGUGCACCUGCCAGCGUUGUGACCUGCAAAGCAUCGCCGAGAUUGCAGGAGAGGCUCGAGCCUGAGGAGGACGGCGACGACGUCGAGGAGAAGCUGAUCGUACCGGAGAAUAAACCCAUCGGCGCCAUUUGCAGCUUGGGUUUGAUCAAAACCGUGAUGACAACCAUAACGACGACGACGACGACAUCACCACCCUCGGCGACGUAUUCACAGAGCAACAACGAGGCGAAGACGAUAAUACGGUGUCAGCAGAAAAGCGAGUUCUCGCCGCCGCAGAAGCAGAUCGGCAUCAUACGGCCGCUCGUCUCGACGAAGGCACAGCAUCCGCAGCAGAAUCUGAGCAAUCGCGAGCUCGAGAAGAAUCUGAUCAAUCGAGUCAAGAGUAUCGAACAGCCGACCAAAGUGGUGGUGAGCCUGAAGAGCGCCGACGAGAUACAACCUGCGAAGAAGACGAGCCCUGGAGGUGGUGGCGGCGGCGGCGGCGGUGGCGGUGGCGGCGGUCUCUGGGACACGAAACCGUGGAAUCAGCAGAACAACACGAUGGUAUUUAACUUCAGUAAUCGAAAGGACGUGCCGGAUUACAUAGAGAACGACGGCCUCAUCAUUAGGAGAAAGCGGGAUAAGCCGAAGGUUGGUGAUGGUGGCAUUAUAGUGCUUGAUGCUACUUUAGAUGCAUCUACGACCGAUGAUGCUGAGUGGGAAAUCUCUGGGGGUCCACCGUCGCCCUGUGAUGUGUCGUUUCUCAACGACAAUAUUCUCAUUAAUGGCCGCAGCAAUCUCUCGAGGACGCCACGAAAUCAUAAGCAUCGAAUACAGUUCGACGACACCGCCACACGUACCUUCGAAUACCCGAGCGAAGCGUCGAUCCUCGAAGGCGAGACCAGCAGCGUGGACGGCGAAACUUCCAGUUCCGUAAUCGAGCAACAUUCUACGCCGAGUAACAACAAAAUCUCUUCAGCACCAAGCUCGACAACGAAUAUGCCGUCUCUUCUCGGUGGAGGUGGACUAGCCAGUUACACUCCUAGCAAAGUGGAUCUGACGUCGGAAGGCUUCGAGCUUGGUAUCACCAGGGCUAUACUGAUGGUUCCGACCCCAGCUGCAACAACAACAACCGAGCAAACCGAGAAUGCAAGCGAAAUGGAAUACUUGAGACCGGCUCAGGACGCAGGCGCUUGGGGCUCUGAGACUACCGGCGAUCUUCUUUAUUGAAAAGAACUGCAGAAUGGUGUUUUAUCAUUUACAAGCUCAACGUCCCUCCGCGAUAGAAUGAACGAACGAACGAAAUGAGAAUGAAACUUAUAAGGCUAAUAUUAAGUAUUCCUUUUUUCCUAGCGGCGAGAAGAUCGCAAAAAAAAAACUAUACAAAUGCAAAAGAAUCAAUAUAUUAUAAUAAACUUUAAUAAAAAAAAAAAAAGAUUUACGACAAAUGCUCACGUAAGUAUAUAAAGCGAAUUUUUCAUAGAAGACAGGUUUAGAUGUUCGCGUUCAUGACCGGACGAUAUGUUGGAUCACAGUUAAGUUAUCGUCAAAUGCACAUUAAAUUAAGAAUUUUUUUAAUUAUAAAAGAAAUCAAAAGCGCAAUCUCCGCUCAUGAACGCGCCGAGUAUUAAAAGCGAAGUUUAUUUAGAUGAUUAAGUAAAAACUAACAGUAUCAUUCCAAGUAUAUGCAUUUACUUUGUAUCGUUACACUAUGUCAAAUCAGCGAACUUACACAAUGAAUCAUCGAAACUGCCAAGAUACGCUAUAUAGUGCUGCUUUUUUUAUAAUAGCACUUGAAAGAAAGAGCUCGGCGACUGAUAUUCUGUUGCUUAAGAGAAAAAAAAUAAAAAGAGCAUAUCAUCUUUCUGGCAUACUUUAUAAGAUAGAACAUAAUAAAUCGACGAGAGAAUCAAGUUUUGUAACCUUUUUGAGAUUACUUUAAUGCUAAGCUGUGAGUGUUCAAGCUGCCAGUAAAAGGCCAGACUUUUAUGCGAGUUUUUUUUGUAAAAAAAAAAAAAAGGCAAACGGUUGGAUGUCUUUGAGAUUUAAUUGGAGGGGGAAAAUGUUCGGGAAAAAAAAACAACUCGAGUUUAGAUUUGUAAACGUUUUUGCCAAAGUAGAACGUAAGUUUACUUAGUAUAUUUAAUAAUGUAUAUGUACAAUAAGUGUUCCAGUUCAACAAAACUGUAAGAAUUGUAAAUUUCAAAGCACAUCGUCAUUUAUACCGAAUGUAUGGCAGAUCAUACUACGCCUUGCAAAUGCGAAGAUAAGCCAUUACACAUGCUGUAAGACAUGUCUUUUCAUAUUGAGUUUGCAUUUAUUUUUCAAGAAUCAUAAAAUUAGCUUUUCCGCAUAGAAGUUGCAUAGAUGAAAACGGCGGUUUAACGUUAAUUAUUAAUUUUAAGGAAAUUGAAUUUUGUAAAUACUAAAUUAUUGUGGGUCUAUAAGAGCCAUCCAAGAUAAGUUAAUCGAGUCACGAAAGAGUUUGAGAAAAAAAUUACAUUACUUUUUUGUAUUAAUUUUGUCCUUUUUUCUUUUGUGUUAAUUUCUUCUAUCUAUGAAGCACAUCUCGGAUGCGUACCAUGGAUAAUCGAAAAUAUUGUUUUGAAUCGUGUAGGUGUAGGUAUUUAAUAAUAAUGUAUGAUUGUAACGAUAUGUAGUUAAUAUGAUUUUAUGACUUGGACAGUGGACUGAUUCAAGCAAGAAAACGCGAUAAAAAGAUAAUUUAUUACGAAGGUGAAUUAAAAGUAAACUGCUGCUGCGUUUUGUUAGAAUUUCAAAUGUAUUUACUUUAUUUAGAUGCUGUACCAGUUCACCGAAUAGUUUACGAUGUACCAUUGUUUGAAAGACUUGUUUUGUGUCACAGCGUUGUGUCUUACACUGUGAUAUUUUUGUUAAUCUUUUCUAGUAUAAAACAUAAUUUCCAAUUAUUCGUCAGACCCAAGUUAUUGAUACUCUUUGUAUCUUGUUGCUAUAAUACACGAGCAUUAUA